AUGUUCUCGUCACCUCCAUCAACGUCAGUACUUCUCACAAUGAUGGGAUAUCAGCACCAUGAGCAUUCUCAAUAUCACCAUAAUCAUCAUCUGCCAACCACAACCGCACCAAUGCCACUAACCGCCUCAUCUCGGAAUAUUUCCGUGACCACAACAAAUCUUUCACUACAAACUCAAAUCACGCUGAUUACCUAUUGCUAUAUACUACCGAUAAUUUGUGUGGUUGGUAUUAUUGGUAACAUAACGAAUUUGAUCACGUUGGCCAGUCGUCGUCUACGAGCUGUUUCCUAUAUGUAUUUACGUGCACUGGCAGUUGCGGACUUGUUUUGUAUGAUAUUUGUGUUGUUGUUUGUGAGUGGUGAGAUAUUACAGCGAUGUGGAAUGGCACUGAGUCGUUCUCGAUACUACGCCAUAUAUCAAGCACAUUUCAUGCUGUCCUUAAUCAACUGGGCACUCGCAACUGGUGUGCUCGUUGUGGUUGCGUUGAGCCUCGAGCGAUUCGUCUCGAUCGUAUUCCCGAUGCAUUUCCGCAUUUGGAAUUCACCACAACGUGCCACCAAAGCCAUCGCUGCCGCCUAUCUGAUCCCGGCCAUUUUGUAUAUUCCGUAUGGUAUCGGUCGAUAUCAGGUUGCGGAGCGCAUCAACGCCGGCGGUGUUCGAUUGUUUAAGGCGAUCGAUAGCGACAUCUCAAAAACGGUCAAAUGGCAGGCAUACAAGUGGACACGUGAAGGCUUGUUGAGAUUCGCACCGAUAAUCAUAUUAUGCGUGCUGAACGUUCAAAUAGUGACCGCAUUCCGAAAACGUCAAAAAAUGUUCGCACGUCUGACGAAUCGUAACAAAGAGAAUGUGAGCGCAACGAAUAAGGACGAUACUCUGAUCUAUAUCUUGGCUGGCAUCGUGGUGAUGUUCUUCAUUUGCAAUAUACCGGCCGCAAUCAAUCUGUUGUUCAUCAACGAGACUGUCAAACAACGUGUUGACUACGAGAUAUUCCGAGCGUUGGCGAAUCUGCUCGAGAUCACCAAUCAUGCGUCACAAUUCUAUGUGUUUUGUGCGUGCUCACAAGACUAUCGCAUCACAUUCCUACAAAAAUUUCCAUGUUUCAAGUCGACGUAUACGAAACGACUUCGGUUAAAAUCAAUCAUACAACGUGUUCCGACUGCAUUCCACUCAAGCACAUCUGUUGACGACAGUGAACGACGAGCGCAAAUGACCGAUCGACAGUUCGUGCAACACCACAGCAGCGAUACGGGUGUGUUCAUCUCGAACAGUUUACGAAGGCAUUUGAGGCGGAAGAUUAAUAUUGGCGGAGGGGAGUUGUCGAAAGAGAGUGCUGCUGCCGAUACGGUGCUGCAGGACAACGAGGACACGGUAGCAGUGCAGCUGGUGACCGCAGACGAUGAAACUCGAUCUGAAGACGCGUGCAAGGGCGAUGCAAAGCAAGAGUAUAAUAAGCAAGUGGAGGAGGAUAGCGAUAUGCUGUUGCAAGCCGGAGUUAUAACCGAGUUGAUCAGUGAUAUCAACGGUGUCACGUUCCUCUAA